GUUUCAAUCCACGCACGCGCUGACGUUAGUGUCCUCGCCGGUGCUCCGUCGAUCGGUGCGUCUCUCUACCCUCCGCGCGCUGCGCAUGCGCACUGCCACUGUCCGCGCUCGUGCGGGGCCCGUGACGAUCCAGCGGGAGUGUUAGCUGUGUAAUGGCGGCUUCGGUGUUGCUCUCUGCGGAAAGCGCCGUGCCCUCUUUUACCAUCGGUCACCCCUCCGGAGCUACGGCGGCGGGAGUUGCUCAUCACGGAUUAUCCAAUGCUCCCGGAGCCGCGUCCUGGAGCCGCUCGCUGGACCGGGCGCUGGACGAGGCGGCGGCCACCGGAGCGCUCACCCUCAGCGGCAGGAAGCUGAAGGAGUUCCCGCGGAGCGCCGCCGGACACGACCUGACCGACACCACACGCGCCGAUCUAUCACGAAACAGACUGACGGAGCUGCCGGUGGAGGUGUGCAUGUUUGUGUCGCUGGAGAGUUUGAACCUGUACCAGAACUGCCUGCGUUCACUACCAGAGAGUCUGAUCAACCUACAGUCCCUCACCUACCUAAACAUCAGCCGGAACCAGUUGUCCACUCUCCCCGCUCAUUUGUGCCGUCUGCCGCUCAAAGUUCUGAUCGCCUGCAAUAACAAGCUGGUAUCGCUGCCGGAGGAUCUGGGCAAACUCAGACAGCUCACCGAACUGGACGUCAGCUGUAAUGAGAUCCAGACACUUCCUCCACAGAUCGGUCAGCUGGAAGCUUUGCGUGACCUCAACAUCCGCAGAAACCACCUCGUUCGCCUGCCUGCUGAGUUGGCCGAGCUGCCGUUGGUCCGGCUUGAUUUUUCCUGUAACAAGGUCACGACAAUCCCAGUAUGCUACCGCAAUCUCAGACACCUCCAGAGCAUCAUUCUGGACAACAAUCCUCUCCAGAGCCCACCUGCACAGAUCUGUAUAAAGGGAAAGAUCCAUAUAUUUAAAUAUCUGAACAUGGAGGCAUGUAAAGCAGCAUCAGACCUUCCAGACUAUGACAGAAGACCACUGCCUUUCGGAUCCUGUGCGGAGGAUUUGUAUCCUGGCCGGCUGUACGGAGCUCUGGACUCUGGUUUUAACAGUGUUGACAGCGGAGACAAGAGGUGGUCUGGAAAUGAGCCUUCAGACGAGUUGUCAGACUUGCCGUUAAGAGUGGCGGAAAUCACCAGAGAGCAAAGACAGAGACGAGAUCGAGAAAGAGAACGUGAGGAUCAUCGGACGGGGUCUCACGUAACCAAUGGCACAUUGGAAACGGAGCUUGAACAGAUAGACUUCAUUGACAGCAGUACGGGGGAUGAUGAGGAUGAAGAUGGGCGGAGCCGUAGAGGGGCGGAGCCUGUCAGCCUCAGCUCACAGUUUAUGGCCUACAUUGAAAGACGAAUCACCAGAGAGGGUUCACCCGUGAAGACCAGCCCAUCCAGAGACUUAAGAACUGAUGAUCCAAGACGCCAAACCCCCUUACAUAACCGUGGUGGGCCGGAUACAGCGGUCACAUCUUCGUACGCUCAUAAUCAGCGCUCCGCUGGUGUGGCGUCAGGUUCUGGUGGCGGCGUGGAGAGAGUGAGACGGGAAGCUCAGCUGGCUGCUCUGCGGUACGAAGAGGAGAGACAGAAAACAAGAUCAGUGCAAAAAGACGCUGUAAUGAAUUACGUCAAGCACAAGUCGUCUCAGAGCCCUACGAAGCUCAGUCCGACAGACAGUGAGAGUCUGUACCCCUCCAGACGGUCCACUCACACCGAUGACUCCGCCCUCUUCAUGAGUGAGUUUGAGCCCCUACUGAUAUUUGAGAUAGACACAGAUACCAACACUAUAAAGAAGAGGCCAGACCCUCACAAACAGUCUCUCUCUGCUGUGCCGCUGGAUGGCUGUGUGUCUCCCACUUUAUCCGUCGCCUCCUCCUGUAUGCCGCAGCAAGGUGAAGAUUAUGGCUCGCUGUCACCCACCGCCCUCCAAUCCCCCACGUCCCCAUCCCGCGGCCCCAGCCAGAGACCUGAGAGUUACCUGUUCCGCCUCAGUCAGCGAGAGGAGAAGAAAAAAGGCGAAUCAGGCACACAGAAGGCGGAGCCAGUGGAAGCCACUCCCACACAGAGUCCUGCCCCGACAGGAGAGGAGGCAAUACUGAUAGAGCAGCUGAGAAGGAAUAUCGAGUGCCGACUCAAGGUGUCCUUACCCAGUGAUCUUGGGGCAGCUUUGACUGACGGGGUCGUGUUGUGCCAUCUGGCCAACCAUGUGCGUCCCCGAUCCAUACCGAGCAUCCAUGUACCCUCACCGGCAGUGCCCAAACUGACGAUGGCCAAGUGUCGACGAAAUGUGGAGAACUUCCUAGAGGCCUGCCGCAGAAUUGGAGUUCCUCAGAACCAGCUGUGUCUCCCCCUGCACAUCCUGGAAGAGCGAGGUUUGCCUCAGGUGGCCGGGACGGUCCGUGCCCUCCUGGAUCUGGCUCCUCCGAAACACACGCCGUCCCCGAGCACGACCCCGACCAGCCCCAGCGUCGCCUCCCCCCUCUCUCUGUAGGAAUCUCCUCCCAGCAGGCUCAAAGAUCUUUAAGACUCCUUUCUGUUCUUGAGUGCCUCAUGAACGGUUCUGUAACGGUAACACACUCACACACUACCUGCUCUGUGAACACACACACACUCUUCAAGCUCCAACCAGCCCUCAGACAACAGAGGAGAGAGGAGAAGAGACGACUGACCGACAGACAUGUCCAGAGACUUCUUUGAAGCUAUAUUUCUAUUUCAUUUAACAGUUACUUUUACACUUUAAUAUCUCUAGCUAUUAUGGGUGGUGUUUAUUUUGUAUUAUUAUUAUUAUUAUUAUUAUUAUUAUUGACUCUCAAAUGAUGUGGGAAUGAGAGUUGGCCAAAACUACCCAAGCUUACGUAUCUGAGAGUUACAUUGGCUGGUGGUUUAAUCUCACAAAACCUGCAGGUCACAUUUCACCCUGAAAUAAAAAUAAGAUAUUAUGCGUGCAGAAAUUUAAACACAUUUUGUAGGACCUUUAAAAUUUAUGUAACAUUAUUUUCGUGUCGUACAAUACAAAUUCUCAUUAUCACAUUGCAAAAAUGUAAUGCAAAGAAAUUUAUGUAUUAUUUCAAUAAAAAAUUGUAAACUUUUUUUUUUUUUUUUCAUUUAAAUACAGAAUUUUCUUUGCAUUAUAAUGCAGUUAAAAUGUUUUAAAACAGGUUGUUUUAUUGCAUUAUAAAGCUGGGAGAAUUAUUGAACCAUUACAAAUUCUCAUUAUCACAAUGCAAAAAUGUAAUGCAAAGAAAAUGAUGUAUUUAAAUUAAAGUUAAGUUUUUUUUUUUUUUUCAUUUAUAUAAUGCAGAAUUUUCUUUGCAUGAUAAUGCAGUGAAAAAAAUAUUUUAAAAUGUUGUUUAUUGCAUUAUAAGCUAAGAAAAGUAUUGAAACAUGCAAAGAGAGUUAUGUGUUAUUUAAAUUAAAAAUGUUAACCAUUUCAUUGUUUAUUUAAAUAAUACAGCAUUUUCUUUGCAUUAUAAUGCAGUAAACAGGUUGUUUUAUUGCAUUAUAAUGCUAAGAAAAGUAUUGAAACACAUUUUUUAGGACCAUUAGGGUUUUUGUGACAAUUUUCAUGCAAAACAAAUUCUCAUUAUCACAAUGCAAAAGUAUAAUGAUAUAUUAUUUAAAUUGAAAGUAUUGUAAUUUAUUAAAUUAAAUGAAUUAAAUGUAUUAAAUUAGCUAUUGUACAUAAAUUAGUACAUUUAGUUCAUAAGGAUUUAAAUAAUCGUUGUAUUGCUGUAUCUUUACUGUAUUACAGUAAUGAGAAUAACUACUGAAUAAUGAGAAUUACAAAAAAAAAAAUAUCCAAAUGCAUCAUGGUAAUGAGCAUUAUUUUUCAUGAAAAUAAUGUCAUAAUGCAAAAAAAUAAAUACAAUCUUUAAGAAAAACAAGGAAAGAAGAAAUAAGCUUCGUGUAGUCUUUUUUCCUUUUUUAUUUUAGGUGAAGUGUGGCGUGUUUUGAUGGGAUUCGACCGUGAGCAUUUAAAUAGCAGAAAAACAGUCCAAAGCAGCAUGUAAAUGACUGAAUGACACUAAUUCACAGGGGUCCUAGAUUAACAGACGGAGAUGUGAUCCGCCGAGCAUUUCCGUCACGAGUUUUAAUGUGUAGCCACGGGAUUUUAUUCUUACGACACUUUUAGUGCUGCUUUUAGUACUACGAUCGCACCAGAAGAAAACUAUUAAAACUUUAAGAGCUCACAGACUUUAUUGACCUUGUAAAAUUGAGAGUUAUAUUAGUGCUAUAGCGAGGUUUAGCAUGAUGGGCACAAUUUUUUUAAAACACAGAUAUAUGUAAAGAUGUUUGAAACACAGUAAAUGAAUGAAACACUUGUUCUAUUUUAAUAGCCUUGGUCGUGUGGAGCUGAUAGAGCGACGAGGGCUGAUUUCUAUUGCUGUUGUGUGUUUAUAUGUUACUGGUCUUGCAUGCGAGGGAUUCUGGGUGUUGGGAGUUUGGACUGAAAUGGGACGGCAGUAUAAAAGCUGUUUUUAUUUUAUUUCCUUGUUAUUCAGAUUGUUACGUUGCCACCGUUGCAUGGCUUUGCUUAUGAUUUGUCUGCCAUCACAACACACAUGUCAUCCGUGGUUUAUAGCUGGAUGUGUGUGUGUGUGUGUGUGUGUGAGCCUGAAAAGCACAGAUGUUGUUCACUGGUUUAGGCGGUUGUCUUUACAGAGGCAGUUCCACACGCUGUUACUUCCCGCUCGGAUCUGCCGUAUCGUGCCAGAGUUACUGGAGUGAGUCCUGAGCUCCCAGCAGUGCUGGUUUCCACGCUCACGAACACGCUCAAGAGCAUGGCCAGGUCAUUUCACCCCAAAAUCAAAAGAAAUAAACAAUAUUUAUUCAUUUUUCAUGACAAUUAAGCACAUUUUUAUUGUAAAAUCAUGUAUUAUUUAAAUAGCAAAAAAUAUAAAACAGGUUUACUUAAUUAAUUGCAUUAUAAUGUGGUGAGAAAAUAUUUUAAAACAAGUUUUUUAUUUUUUUUAUUGAAAUAAAUUAUAAUGCAGUGAAUUUUUUUUUUUACUUUUUUUUUUUUUUUUAAGAAAAAUAUUAAUUUUUUUUUUAAACAUUUAAUUUAAAUAAUUGUCUUGGCAUAAAUAUAUAACAAGGUAAAAAAAAACUAAAAAACAUGUUUUAAAAUGUUUUUCGCUAUGAUUUCAUUAUAUUGCAGUGAAAAGCUAGUCUUUGUUUGAAACAAGACCUCUCCACUGUAUUAUACUGCAAAGAAAAUAAACCUGUUUUUAAAUGUUAUUUUCUACUGUAUUAUAUAAGUAUUAAAUAUUAGGUCUUAUUUUUCAUAUAAAAGUCAAAAUUGAAAUAAAAUGAGAAUCGCCAUAAUGAAUAAUAUGAAUUGCAGAAUUAAUUUAUUUUUCAUUAAGAUUGUCGCAAAAAUGUGCUUAUUUAUUAUGAAAAAAAAUCCUAAAAUAGGCUACUUUUUCUUUAUGCUAAAUAUUCUUUUAAAAUGUUUCUUGCUUUUACGGUGAAACGUGACCUGGAUAUGUUUUCAUGAGAUUCACCCGUAGGGUCAAGAACAUGCUAUACUGAAGAUAAUAAUGUAAUCUUUAAUAUGACUGAUAAAAGAGACUCAAAAAUGAAAAUGUAGAAAACUGAAUCAUUAAAGUCACUAUUUUAACUUGCUUUUUUUAGAGUUUUUAAAAGGGAAGUUAAAAGCGGUAGAAAAAUAUAUUGCGACAGGUUGUGUAUAGGUGUUUUUAGAGUGUGUUGUUUUUUUCUCUAUAAAUAAAUUGUUUGACUAGGGUUAUUUCCCCAGCACAGAUCAUGUAGUUUCUUCUGCAGGGUUUGUCCCUGCGUGUCUGUACAGUAAAUAAAUACAUUCCAUACGUUUACAAGUAUGAACCACUCUCCACCUGAAACACGAGGACCUACUGUGCGCUUUCAGACGACCCCAACGUUUGCCCGAACAUUAGCUUCUUAUUUUCACUGCGGUUUUGUUUUUGAACACUUCUCCCUGCAAAACAUUUGCUGUAAAGUUUUUACUUUGGAAAAAAGAUGGUCUGAACGUUUGGAUUUGUGAAAUACAUGAAUAAAAAGUUUCCCAUU